GCAAAAAAAAACUAAAACAGAAAACAACCCAAAUCCAGAACAGCUGCCGCAGCAACUUUUUUUCGGCUCCGAAGCAAACGAGCAAUCCAGCUUGAUUGGCUGCCAAUUUGCAAUAUCCAACAAUCAUGGGAACCGACGACGUGGCCAAGAGUGAAAAGAUCCGCGAGGGCUUUCAAAUAAACUGGCUCAUCCUGCGGGACGCCGACACCGGCAAGAUUCUGUGGCAGGAGAACAAGGACUUUUCCUGCCCGGACGUGGAGCACGAGGCGCGCGUCCCCAUCAAGAUUCUGGAUUUGCGGGCCGUCUCGCGGGAGAUCAACUUUAGCACGGUGGAAGCGAUGGAGAACUUUCGGCUGGACCAGAAGGUCCUGUUCAAGGGUCGGAUCAUGGAGGAGUGGUUCUUCGAGAUGGGCUGGGUCAGCCCGAACACCACCAACACGUGGCAAUCGACGAUCGAGGCCGCACCGGAGUCGCAGAUGAUGCCGGCCAAGGUCCUGAACGGAAAUGUGACCAUCGAGACGAGCUUCUUCGACGGGGAGACGCUGAUAAGUAAAUCCGUGGUAAGGUUGUACUACAUCUAAGGACCAGCGCAGGGAGAAGAAGAAGACGAAAUUUGGCUCUAGUCCCACAGUUUUGGGGACAACACAAUCCCAGGGAUGUCCUCAUUAAAUUACGAAAAAGUAUAUCGCUAGAUAAAUAGGUCAUAAAAACAUGUUUGCGCGCUGUUCUAGAAAGGCUUUGCGUGCAUGCACUUGAAACAACACAAACAAACAAACACUAAACAUUCAGUCUGGUCUAAAUUGAUAAUUGCCACACGAAGAUGGACAAACCAAACAAGCAUUUAUUGACGACGUCGUCAGGAGCAAUCUUCGAUUAUUUUCGUUUUCGGACACGCAACUGAGAACAGCACCACGCAUUUUUCGCGUUCUAUAAUUAAGCUACUUUUUAAGUUUUUUUUAUUACUAAUUUUAGUAUUGAUUGUGUAAAAAAAAACAGAUAGAAGAAAACAUAAUCAAUUUUUGUGAGUAAG